AUGGACAUGACUGUGCAGAUGGGGGAGACGCUCCUGCUACCACCAGCGUCUCACACACUGCUACCACCAGCGUCUCGCACACCACUACAGUUGAAGAGCAGCCUGAAAUUAUACCGCAACUAUCACCCAAAACUAAAUGGUAUGUUUCACAAAGUCCUUCCAGCUACUCGUCCUUGCGACGUGACAGGACGAUUCCUUGCAGAUGGAGCGCCCCCGACACCACCUCCAAUCAAGUCACCCGAUGACUGGGCUCCAUAUCGAAAUCGUGUCGAGUUCGAGACUGCAGAAUUUCUGUACACGCGCAACCAAAUGUCUGCCGGAGACAUCAAUAUCUUAUUGGAUCUUUGGGCUGCAACCCUCCUCAAAUACAACGACAAACCUCCGUUUGCGGACCACCGUGAUUUGUAUAAAACUAUUGACGCUACGCCAGUGGGUGAUGUCAAAUGGCAAUCCCUCAAGGUCCAGUACACUGGGGAGAAGCCCGAAACCAAUGUACUACCCUGGAUGGACCAAUCUCACGAUAACAUGUUGGGGAAUCCGGACUACGCUACAGAGAUGGAUUAUCGGCCCUACCGUGAGUAUUUGACUGAUGGCGAUGAACGCCAAUGGCAGGACUUCAUGUCUGGUGACUGGGCAUGGAACCAAGCGGAAACUAUUUCUGAAGAUCCGGAUACACUCGGCUCAACGUUUGUGCCGGUUAUACUCGGAAGCGACAAGACAACAGUCUCAGUGGCGACUGGUGCCAACGAUUACUAUCCCUUGUAUGUAUCAAUCGGGAACGUUCGUAAUAAUGUCCGACGUGCACAUCGUGAUGCCGUUGCCAUUAUUGGCUUCCUCGCUAUGCCAAAAACUACAGAGGAGCACGCAAAAGACUCAAAAUUUCGGAAAUUCCGUCGGCAACUGUUUCAUUCGUCUGUCGCCAAGAUUCUCGAGAACUUAAGGCCUGGUAUGACCACACCAGAGGUUGUACGCUUCGGUGACGGCCACUAUCGGCGUGUAAUUUAUGGCCUUGGACCAUACAUUGCAGAUUACGAGGAGCAGGUUCUACUAGCGUGCAUAGUGCGCAAUUGGUGUCCGAGGUGUAUGUCACAUCCUGACAGUUUAGACACGAAGUCACUGUGUCGUCGACGUGACCAUACAGAAGCGUUAGUUGAAGAGGCAACCUAUGGUGCUUUGUGGAUGGAGUAUGGGAUUGUUGGUGACCUUGUUCCGUUCACAAACGAUUUUCCACGCGGCGAUAUUCACGAACUUAUCGCGCCGGAUAUCCUGCAUCAACUGAUUAAGGGAACCUUCAAGGAUCACCUAGUCAAGUGGGUUGGACAGUAUCUGCAACAUGUCCAUGGUACGAAAGAAGCGGAGAGAAUUCAAGCUGAUAUAGAUCGAAGAAUUGCUGCGGUUGCUUCAUUUGCAGGUCUCCGACGAUUUCCAGAAGGUCGGGGAUUCAAACAAUGGACGGGCGAUGAUUCAAAAGCCCUCAUGAAGGUCUAUUUACCUGCCAUCGAAGGUCACGUCCCAACAGAUGUGGUGCGCACGUUUCGCGCAUUUCUCGAAUUUUGCUAUCUCGUACGGCGCAACAUCAUUACAGAAUCUACUUUAGGUCAAAUUCAGGAGGCUCUUGACCGAUUCCAUCAUUACAGGGAGAUAUUUGAAUCUACGGGUGUUGUCUUCACGUUCUCUCUCCCUCGGCAACACUCUUGUUCCCACUAUGUCCUCCUUAUCCAACUUUUUGGUGCACCCAAUGGCCUUUGCUCCUCGAUCACUGAGACGAAACACAUCAAAGCUGUCAAGGAGCCAUGGAGGCGCUCGAGUCGCUACAAAGCCCUUGGUCAGAUGCUGGUGACAAACCAGCGCCUCGAUAAGCUCGCAGCAGCACGCAUUGAUUUCAAGAACCGCGGAAUGUUAAACGGCACCUGUCUGUCUGCCACACUCAAGGCAUUAAGUAAUGAACACUCUUCUAAUAGAAUCGCAGAACGCAAACGCGCACACACUAUACCCGAGCUAUCCACGGAACUCUCUAUCCCCAAUCUCUACAAUGUCCUCCGCCGCUUCCUAUUCGAACAAGUGUACCCAGACGACCAGCACCCUCCCUCUGAAAUCCCGCUUUCGAGAUGUCCUCGAUUUGAUGGGAACAUCCAAGUCUUUAAUUCUGCAUCUUCGACAUUCUAUGCGCCCAGCGACCGCAGUGGAAUUGGCGGUAUGCGCCGUGAGCAUAUUCGUGCCUGUCCUAUUUGGAGAAACGAGGCGCCCCGGUAUGACUGUGUGUUUGUUAACACAGAUGCAAGUGUUGAAGGGAUGGUGGGCAUGGAUAUAGCGCGCGUAAUGUGUUUUUUUUCUUUCACAUUCAAUGCAGUUUCGUAUCCAUGUGCCGUUGUGCGCUGGUUUGACAAAGCCAGUGACGGACCCGACCAGGACACUGGGAUGUGGAUUGUGACACCUUCGUUUGAUACUGACCAUUCUUUUUCUGUUGGAAUCAUCCAUAUUGAUUCUAUUUACCGUGCCGCACACCUCAUUCCAGUCUAUGGAGCACAGAUCAUUUCACGCGACAUCAAGCACCAUGACUCAUAUGAUGCUUUUCGAGCAUUCUAUCUGAACAAGUUCGCAGACCAUCAUGCUUUUGAGGUCGCAUCCUAG